AUCACAGCAGAGCAUGCCCCUCACUGUGUCCCUCCAGCCAAUCCAUUCAAGUAUCUUCUUCACUGAGGCGGAGCUCAGAAUGAAGAAGAGAGAGAGAGAGAGCAGCUGAGCAGUUAGAACAAAGAGCUGAGACACCCACCCAACACUGAACCAUUCAUUGGAGGAGGGGAGAGGAGCAGAUGUGUGCAGACUAUGACAGACAGACUUGGAGAGCUUCUGAGAGUCAUAAGCCUCUGAAACUAGUGAGGGCAUCCCUCCAUCCUUUGCUUCAUUUCAGGCUGACCGCAGUGAGGCCUGGUGCAAAGCUUGAUCCUGAGCAUGUCCUGAGCAGCUGUGUAGAUCUGCUGAUAGAGUGACAAAGGGUUUUUUACAUUAAUUUCAGAAGGAUCUCACUGACAAAGAGAGAAGUGAUGGGAGCAGAAAGAAAGCAGCUAUUUUCAGUGUGGAGAAGAUAGAGCCGCAGACAUGGAACAGAAUAAAGUGAUGGAGAGUGUUAAACAAAGGCUUAAAGACCAUCUUCGGGACAAGUUUACAUGGAUACAUGAGGGGACAUCGGAUAGUCGGUCUCGACUUGACAGUGUCUACACAAGACUGUUCAUCACCCAGCAAGCUCAGGAAUUUAGUUCCAUACCACACGAGAUUCUAGAUCACUUUAAUGUCCCAGAUCAGCAGUCACCAUUUUCAGAGGUUAAUUAUCAACAGAUUGACUUCCUGAAUAUCUUUAAACCAGGAAGAAGCAAUGUCCAACAGCAACCAGCAAAAGACAAGGCAAUCCAAAGAGUCUUGACGAAAGGGAUCGCUGGUAUUGGAAAGACAUUCACUGUCCAAAAUUUUGCCCUCAACUGGGCCGAAGGAAAAUCCAACCAGCACAUUGAUUUUAUCUUUGUGCUCCUCUUUAGAGAGCUGAACAUGCUCAGAGAUGGUGACUACAGUCUGCUGCAACUUCUUCUUUGUUUCUACCCUGAACUGAAACCCCUGGAAGGUAUGCAGCAGCUUGUUAACAAGCAGGUGCUGUUCAUCUUUGAUGGCUUGGAUGAAAGUAGAUUUCCACUGGACUUUGAUGGAAGUGUAAGAAUGGAUGACAUGAAUCAGAGAUCAACAGUCAAUGUGUUGCUGACCAACCUCAUCAAAGGCAACCUGCUGCCUGGUGCUCUGCUGUGGGUAACAUCCAGACCUGCAGCAGCCAGUCAGAUUCCUUCAAAAUACAUUGAUCAGAUGACAGAAGUCCAAGGCUUCACUGAGCGACAAAAAGAAUUAUACUUUAGUAAGAGAUUCAGCACAGCCAGCCAGGCCAAAGAAGUCCUGUCUUGUCUUAGAGGAAUGAUAAGCUUCUAUUUUAUGGGCCAUAUUCCAAUCUUUUGCUGGAUCAUUGCUGAGGUGUUUAGGAAAGGAUGGAGUGAUGAAAAGAGUCGCAGGAUCACAACAAUGACAGAACUGUACAUUUAUUAUUUACUGAUUCAAACACAAAGAACAACACAGAAAUAUGCAGGGAAAAGCUCAAAGAAGAGAGCCAAAAAGAAAAAGUCUCAGGCCCAGAAUUCUGCCAUGCUGUCAAACCUGUCCAAGUUGGCAUUUGAUCAGCUGCAGAAAGGAAACAUCAUAUUCUAUGAAGAGGACCUCAGAGAAAGUGGCAUCAACGUUGAUGAAGCUUCAGUGUUUUGUGGGUUUUGCUCAGAAAUCCUGAAGGAAGAACGUGGUCUGUACAAGAAAAAGAUGUUCAGCUUUGUGCAUUUAAGCUUUCAGGAGUUUCUUGCAGCUCUUUACAUGCACCACUGCUGCAUGACAAAGAACAUCAACACUUUGAAGUCUUUCCUGAGUACUGAUCCUACAGAUAUGAGCUUUCUUGAACUACAGAAAAAGGUUGUGGAUAAAGCCAUGCAAAGUGAGAAAGGUCAGUUAGAUCUGUUUCUCUGUUUCUUCCUUGGAUUUUCCCUGGAGUCCAAUCAAACCAUGCUGCAGAGUUUACUGCCUCAGGCAAAGAGCAGCUCGGACACGAGUGAAGAGAUGAAGGGAUACCUAAAAAAUUUCAGUGUUGAAAACAUUCCACAAGAGAGGUGUAUGAAUCUUUUCCUCUGCAAGAUGGAGCUCAAGGAAGAGAGAUUUCAGGAUGACAUCAGAAUGUAUCUAAAUUCAGGAGUGAAACUCUCACCCAUUGACUGUUCAGUACUGUCCACCAUGCUGCAGAUAUCUGGGGAAGUGGUGGAGGAACUUGAUCUGACAAAAUCCAUUACACCAAUUAUAGGGACUGAGAAACUUGUCCAGCAAUUGAAGAACUGCAAAAAGGCUGUACUCAAAAGUGAGCAUGCCUCAGUGAGUGCAACAGAUGAUCGUCUACAUAUACUACUCUCCAUUCUUCAGUCAGCAGACUCUUGCUUAAGAGAGCUGUGCUUGGUGUGUUUUGCUAAUAUGAGUGGUAAUUUUCCUUAUGAUCUCUUGGUUGUGUUGGGAAGUCCUGACUGUAAACUGGAGACACUGAGGUUAUCAGGAUUUUCUCUAGACUUUCAGAAUUGUCACAUUAUGGCCUCUAUCCUUCAAUCUAAACAAUCAACCCUGAAGGUGCUGGACCUGACUAACUGCAUGUACAGUUAUGCACAGAACUACAGUGGAUAUUAUACAAGAGAGUUGAAGAUAAAUGAAAACUAUGAAGAUUUCAUUGAUGAAUUAACUCCACUGACUGUUAUUCCUUCUGCCUUGAUUGGUCCUAUCUGCAAACUGGAGGAGUACAGAAUGGCUGGUUGUUACCUGAAAAAUAAAUGCUGUCAGCUGUUUGCCUCAGUUCUCAGCUCUAACUCCCAGCUGAGAGAGCUUGACCUCAGUUGCAAUGACUUGCAGGAUUCAGGCGUGCAGCUGCUCUCUGUUGGACUUGGGAGUUCAAAAUGUAGGCUGGAAACACUGAGGCUAUCAUGCUGUGGGAUCACAGAGGAAGGCUGUGUCUCUCUGGCCUCGGCUCUGAAGUCCAACCCCUCAUAUCUCAGAGAGCUGGACCUUAGCUACAAUCAUCCUGGAGUGUCAGGAGUGAAACUGCUCUCUGAGCAACUGGAAGACCCAAAAUAUAGACUGGAAAAGCUCAAUGUGGACCACAAUGAAGAGCACUGGCUCAACCCACAGCUUCUCAACAAGUGUAAGUGUUACUGAGUUUCUGCUCUGUGAAAUGGACUAAACUGAAACUUAACUCAUACAGUUUCUUUCAUAGAUGCCUGUGAUCUUACAUUCGACCCCAACACUGUGAACAAAAACUUCUCUUGUCUGAAUGUGGCAAGAAAGUGAGCCACACUCAGGAAAAGCAGCCCUAUCCUGAUCAUCCAGAGAGAUUUGAC